AUGGCGAAGAAUCAGGCCAAGAAGCGCAAGCGCACCAACCCCGCCCCCGCCGGCACGGUAGCCAAGAUGGCGAAACCCGCCGCCCCACUCACCCCGCCCGAGAGCGACACGGACGCUCUCCUCCUCCCCGAGGAAGUCGACAGCGCCGUCUUCGUCCUUGGUACGCUAGCCAACAACCCGUCCGCCCUGGCUGGCAAGGAUAUGAAGGACCUCAAGCGGGCCGUGUACGAGCUCCACCGAGUCCUGGUGGACGGAGCGACGAUCGGCUCGUCACUGACUUCGCGUAUCUCGGCAGCCCUCAAAGAUUAUCGGUUCACAGACGCUCUCGUGCUGUUAUACGAGAUGUACACGCGACGUCUUCCGCCCAAGCUCGGCGCGCUGCAGCGCUGGGUCCGCGAAUGUGAUGCGACCUCUGGCGCAGACGGAUCCCCAGGCGACUCCGAGGCCCUCCGGUGUCUCGACAUGAUCUUGCGGAUUGCCAACCAUACUCCGGGUGUCGUUCCGGCCGGAGAGAGCAAUAACGCCAACGACCAUGUGCGCAAGUCGAAUAUUUGGCUCGCUAGACCAUACCUCGGCGAAGAGGGGGGCGAGAUCCCUAUCUGGGCCCGCAUGCGCGCCGGAACCCUUAUCUCUCCAGACAAGUUGGAGAAGAAGGAGCACCCCGGUUUCAGGCCGGUCAACUUCAUUCGAGGCGCCGACCGCCGCCCCCCAAACCUCUACGACUCGACUGUAUACCACUCGGAACCGGGGACUAUUCGCAUCACCCCGCCAGAGCAGAGGCGCGCUCCAAGCAAAAUGGAGGUUCCCGGUGUUCCUGGGGCGUUUAUGGUGUUGGACGUGUUCACCCCCGAAGAAUGCCUACAGAUUGUUCAGGCGGCCUCUGCGAUCGGGUUCGAGAAGGACCAAGCUGCUGAGGGAUCGGCGCUUCUCAAGACUUCCAUCUUGGCUCGCAACUUUGUGUGGUUGGCCGAUUCACAUUUUCUGGACCACUUUUACUCGCAGAUUUUGCCGUUUGUCAACCCCACCGCUCCGGCUGGUCCAAAUGCCACCGGCAACGUACGAGGAAUCAACGCCCGAUUCCGCGUUUACCAGUACACUGAGAACCAGCUUUAUCGGCCGCAUAUCGAUGGCGCUUGGCCUGCCGCUGGACUCAGCGAGUCGGGCGAGUAUAUGCACGACUCGCAGCCAGCAGAUGACCCACUUUGGAGCCGGUAUACGCUGCUGGUUUAUCUCAAUUCCGACAUCCCCGAGGAGACGGGGUGCACGACAUUCUUCAUGCCCAGUAACGAGAUGGGCGUCAUGGACGCUACUAGUGUCCGGCCGAUCCAGGGGGCUGUGUUGUGUUUCCCACACGGCGAUACCGAGGGAUCACUGCUGCAUGAGGGUAGCGCUGUUGGUGAGGAUGGUGGCAAGAUUGUCAUUCGGACUGAACUGCUUUAUGAGGCUAAGGGGUUCGGACAGUUCAAGCCGCCCGUGCCCAUACUCGAGUAG